AUGCGCAAUCGGACGGCACUCGACGCGCGGCAGCCUGACCCGAUCCACGCAGCGGGAGAGGCAGUCGACAGCGCUGUCCGCGGGUGGCGAUGGCGCAACCCCAAUCCUCCUCUUCUCCACCGCCAUUCCCGAGCGCCAGAAGAAGUCGUGGCAGACCGCCUUGUGAGCGUCAAGUGGGCUGCAGCGGCUGUCCUCUUCCUCUUCUUCGGCUGCCCGAUCUUCCUCCCCGCGCCCCCCACCGACUGCCAGGGGAGGAGGGGAGCGGCAGGGGCUGUACGUGACGUUCAACCGGUCGAUGACGCGGCAGGGGUGUACGUCGCGGCGUUCAACCGGUCGAUGACGACUCAAGUCGCGGCUAACGUGACCAACGUCAUCAUCCACAACAUGGAACUUGGGAACCAGCCUGGGGAUCAUGACGUGCUUCCCAUUCGCAGCAGCCAGGUGGUGUGGAUCGACCACUGCCACGUCUACAACGGUCACCGUGGCACUGUGGACGUCGUCUACAACUCCACAGAUGUGACUAUAUCGAAUUGCCGCAUCCACAACCACCGCCUGACCAUGCUCCUGGGGGCGGACGACUCGCAUGAGUACGACCGUAACAUGCGUGUUACGGUGUAUCGCAACUGGUUUGAGAAAUCGGGGCAGCGCCAGCCGCAUUGUCGCUGGGGGCAGUGCCACGUGGCCAACAAUUUGUAUACCGAUUGGGCGUUCUACUGCCUUGGUGGGAGAGUCUUCGCUAAGAUUCGGUCAGAGGCGAAUGUUUUCCGGGCAGGGCGGGCACGGAAGGAGGUGACGCCGUGGUUUGGAGAAGCAAGCUUGACGACUCCUGGGUUUGACAAUACGCCAACAAUCCUGUCGUAUGGCGAUUUGCUGUUGAAUGGAGCUACCUUUCACCAAUUUCAAGGGAAGGAGCCCAUGUUUGAUCCGCCUUACCGGCUUCCUCUCUAUGAUGCCUCGGCUCUCAUGGAGACCUUCCUGAGACAAAGUGCGGGGCCUCAGUACCCAUUCAAAUUCAUUAGUGCUCGUUCCAGCAUGGCCUCUCGCGGAGGAGCGACGCCGUCUAAGGGUUGCCUGCAGCGGCUACAGCGAGAAAUGAAGUUAAUUACCAAGGAGCCGCCGCCGCACAUCCGCGCGAAGCCGAACCCCGCCGACAUGCUGGACUGGCACUUCGUGUUGGAGGGCAGCCCGGGCACGCCGUACGAGGGCGGGUGGUACCACGGACGGCUCAGAUUCCCCGCCGACUACCCCUUUAAACCGCCGAGCAUCAUGAUGCUUACUCCCAACGGACGAUUUGCCACCAGCACUCGCAUAUGCAUGAGCAUGAGCGAUUUCCACCCCGAGACGUGGAACCCCAUGUGGUCCGUUGCCAGCAUUUUGACCGGCCUUCUCUCCUUCAUGUCGGACGAUGCAGUGACGGCGGGCAGCAUAGUGGCGUCAGAAGCAGACAGGCGCAAGCUGGCACGCCUCUCCAUGGCCAAUAACUGCCGCAGCCCCGUGUUCCGCAAGCUCUUCCCCGACCUAGUGGACAGCUACACAGCGUCGCUGGCGUCCGCAGCAGAGGCAGCAGAGGGCGCAGAGGGCGCAGAGGGGGCUAAUGGUGUCAGCAGAGCGCAGGGGGAGGGCGCGGAGGGGAGGGGGAAGGGGGUGGGGAAGGGCAGGCGGGUGGUGGAAGCUGCUGCUGGGGUGGAGGGCGGGCGGGAAGGGAAGGGCAGUGAAGGGGGAAGAGAGCUGAGGGUAGGGGGUCUGGGAGGGGUAGAGAGAAAAGAGGGGGGGCAACGGAGGGUGGUUAGAACAGGAGGGAGGACGGGUGUUGCUGGUGCGUUCAGUGCAGGGAAGGCAGUAGAGGCAGGUGCGGCAGGGUCAGGCAGUGCGAGUGGGAAGCAGCAGCCGGGCCUGUCAAGUUUGUCGUUUUGGGUCACUGCUGCUGUCGUGCUGCUGUGUGGGUGUGUCAUGGCGGUGCCAUUCCUUGAUUCCUUGUCCACGUCCCUGCUGCGGCUUUCUUGA